AAGAUACCCCUGUUGUUGAGUACUUGAACCCUUGCCUAAGCAAUCCAUGUGGUCAAUUCUCACGAUGUGAGCCUAUCGGUGAUUAUCCCAUGUGCUCUUGUUUGCCUGGGUAUUACGGUUCGCCUCCAAAUUGCCAUCAUGAAUGUGUACUAUCGAGUGACUGUGCGAAUAACAAAGCUUGCAUUCGAAACCAUUGUGUUAAUCCCUGCCCUGGCUUAUGUGCCAUUUACGCUCGAUGCGAUGUCAUUAAUCAUGCUCCUGUUUGUUCUUGUCUUGAUGGAUACACGGGAAACGCAUUUGAAAAUUGUUAUCCAGUUCCAAUACAACCCAAACCGUACGACGUAAUUCCAGUAGAUAAAUGUAACCCUUCACCUUGUGCACAAAACGCACUAUGCAAUGAUGGAGUGUGUACGUGCCUUUAUGGUUUGCAAGGCGAUCCAUACACUUUUUGUUCCCCAGAAUGUGUUCUUAACAGUGAUUGUGAGAGAGACAAAGCCUGCCUUCGCAGGAAGUGUGUCAACCCAUGUGAUGGUACUUGCGCACCAAAUGCAAUUUGCAAUGUUUAUAAUCAUCUGCCAAUGUGCACGUGCCCAACGGGAAUGGAAGGAAAUGCGCUUAUUCAAUGUAGACCAGUUAUUGUUGAACAUACACCACCCGUCGAAUACAAUCCUUGCAAUCCAACUCCUUGUGGUACUUUCGCUCAAUGCAGAGAAGUAAAUGGUCAAGCUGUUUGUUCUUGUCUCCAAGGUUAUUUUGGUGCCCCUCCAACAUGUCGCCCUGAAUGCUUGACGAAUUCCGAUUGUUUGAGCAAUCGUGCAUGCCAAAAUCAGAAAUGUAUUGAGCCAUGCAUCGGUGCGUGUGGUUUUAAUUCCGACUGCAGAGUCGUUAAUCAUAAUCCAAUUUGUUCUUGUUUACCUCGAUUUACUGGAAAUCCUGUUACUCAUUGUUACCCAAUUGUUGUGCAAGAGUCACAGCCACCACUGAAAGAUGAGCAUGUAAAUCCUUGCAUACGCUCACCCUGUGGCCGAAAUGCUGAAUGUCAUCCAAAUGGUGAUAGUUACACUUGCAAUUGUUUGCCUGAUUUUAUCGGCCAACCACCAAACUGUAGAGAAGAGUGUAUUUCCAAUUCAGAAUGUGCCAAUUAUUUGGCAUGCAUCAAUAAUCAUUGUAAAAAUCCUUGCACAGCUGGAGUCUGUGGUCACAAUGCUGAAUGUCAUGUUGUAAGCCAUUCGGCAAUUUGCGAAUGCUUACCCGGUUAUGUUGGCGAUCCGUUUGUUCAAUGUGCAAUCAAAGACACUCCCGUUCAACAUGUACCAGUCAGCCCUUGUGUGCCAAGCCCAUGUGGCAUAAAUGCCAUUUGCCAUCAGCAUAAUGAUGUCGGUUCAUGCCAAUGUUUGCCCGAUUACUAUGGUAACCCCUACGAUGGCUGCAAACCUGAAUGCUCUUUGGACACUGAUUGUGCAUUAAAUCGAGCUUGUAUUCGAAACAAAUGCGUUAACCCGUGCCCCGGCGUUUGUGGAAUGAACGCUGAAUGCCGCGUAAUAAAUCAUUUGGCAAAUUGUGUUUGUCUCGUUGGAUACACGGGCGAUUCUUAUCGCUAUUGUACAAUGAUCCAGCAUGCUGAACCAACUGCUGUUGUUGAACCAGUCAAUGCGUGUCGCCGCAACCCAUGCGGCCCUAAUAGUCAAUGCAGAGAUAAUAAUGGUGCUGCUAUUUGUUCUUGUUUACCUGAAUUUGUUGGCAAUCCACCAGCAUGUCGUCCAGAAUGCACUGGCUCCAACGAAUGCCCCUUGAAUAAAGCUUGUAUUAAUCGAAAAUGUGUAUCGCCGUGUGUUGGAGUAUGUGGUGAAAAUGCCAUUUGUUCCGUCAUGUAUCACAGUCCAUUCUGCACUUGUCAAGAUGGUUUCAGUGGUGAUGCAUUUGUGCGUUGCUAUCAAAUUCCAAUUGUUGCGCCUCCAACAAGAGAUGAGAUUAUAAAUCCUUGUGUUCCAAAUCCAUGCGGAAACUUUGCACAAUGCAAUGAAAUUGGAACAUCUUAUGUAUGCAAUUGUUUGCCUGGUUAUUAUGGUGCGGCACCGUUCUGCCAUCCUGAAUGUGUUAUUACCGCCGACUGUGGCAAUACUAAGGCUUGUGCAAAUGAGCGUUGUAUUGAUCCAUGUCCCGGCAGCUGCGGUUUGAAUUCCGUCUGUAAUGUAAUAAAUCAUGUUCCUAAUUGCGCUUGUAAGCCUGGCUUUGAAGGAGAUGCAUUCAUCAAAUGCGAACCAAUUGUUAUUGCCGAAGAUGUACCAAAAGUUAAAGAUAAAUGCCGUCCAAGUCCAUGUGGCGCGAAUAGUGAAUGUAAUGAAGGUGCUUGUUCCUGUAUUUCCAACUAUAUUGGCAAUCCAUACGCUGCGGGAUGCCACCCUGAAUGUCUCUUAAAUACCGAAUGUGAACGAAAUCGAGCCUGUAUUCGACGAAAGUGUGUUGAUCCAUGUCCGAAUAUGUGCGGUCGCGAUGCUAUUUGCUCUGUUUACAAUCAUAUUCCAAUGUGUGAUUGCCCUCCGGGUUUCACAGGAAAUGCAUAUAUCGCUUGUGCUAGGAUCGAAAGACCAUUAAUAGCACAUGAUGAAGAUCAUUGUAGUCCAUCUCCAUGUGGCCAAAACAGUCAAUGUACAAAUAUAAAUAAUCAAGCGAUCUGUUCGUGUUUGCCCGGCUUUUAUGGUACCCCGCCUGCUUGUCGCAGAGAGUGUACCAUUAAUUCAGAUUGUUUGAAUACAAAAGCUUGUGUUAAUGAACGGUGCGUUGAUCCAUGUCCCGGGGCAUGUGCUCCGUUUUAUGCUGAAUGCAGAGCGAUUAAUCACAAAGCUGCCUGUUAUUGUUUACCACAUUACACUGGCGAUCCAUUCGUUCGUUGUACACCAAUUGUCAUAGCACAACCAUCGCCUGUAGCCGUUCCAACCCCAAUCGAAAAAGACGAACCAGUUAAUCCAUGCACUGCACAACCUUGCGGUCGAAAUUCAAUUUGCAAGAAUGUUAAUAAUAAUGCGCAAUGCGCUUGUUUAUCUGGUUAUGAAGGAAUUCCACCAUAUUGCCGGCCACAAUGCGAAUCGAACGAUGAUUGUCGCAAUAAUUUGGCGUGUAUUAAUCAAAAUUGUAUAAGUCCAUGCAUAAAUGCGUGUGGUCAAAAUGCAAAAUGUUCAGUGUUGCUUCAUACAGCAAUGUGUACAUGUGUGGACGGUAUGGUAGGAGAUCCAUUUGUUUCUUGUCAUGUUCCAGUUUUAUAUAUUGACACAAUACCAUCACCACCACCCUCAGGCGACGUCUGUUAUCCGUCACCUUGUGGCAGCAAUGCUCGUUGUCGUACUGAAGGUGCCAAUGCAAUCUGUGAAUGUGUCAAUGACUAUCAUGGAAAUCCAUAUGAAGGUUGUCGCCCAGAAUGUACUGGCUCAAGUGAUUGCCCCAUGAGCAAGGCUUGUAUACGCAACAAAUGUCAAGACCCAUGUAUUAACAUUUGUGGCAUCGAUGCAAUGUGUACAGUAUCAAAUCAUGUGCCAAUUUGUUCAUGUCCAACGGGAACAACUGGCGAUGCAUUCAGACAAUGUGUAGCAGUUGCUCGACCAAUACCACCAAGCGACUCAUUACCACAAGAUCCAUGCUAUCCAACACCGUGCUCGGUGAAUACAGUUUGCCGUAAUCAAGGAAAUGUUGCCGUAUGUGAAUGUAUUCCAGGCUAUUUCGGCGAUGCAAAAGGUGCUGGAUGUCAUCCAGAAUGUGUUAUUUCAUCUGAUUGCAGUCGAACAAAGUCUUGUGUGAACAAUAAAUGCGUUGAUCCAUGCCCAGAUGUAUGCGGUUAUGGUGCAAUGUGUAGAACAGUGAAUCACAGUCCGAUAUGUUCGUGUCCCGAUCAAACAUUUGGCGAUCCAUUUGUCGAAUGUCGUCCAGUGUUGAACGAACCUGUCAGUCCUUGUGUACCAAAUCCUUGCAAUGUUAAUGGUUACUGUCGUGUGGUAAAUAAUGCCGCUGUUUGUACAUAUCCAGAAUGUAUAACAAAUGAUGAUUGUUCGACGGAUCGAAGCUGCUUCAACCAGAAAUGUAGUGAUCCAUGCUUAAAUGCGUGCGGUAUUAAUGCAAUUUGUCGUGCUGUAAAUCAUCAAGCAGUCUGUUCGUGUCCGCCAAAUUAUGUUGGGUCACCAUAUGUACAAUGUGACUUACCGCGAGAACCACCGCGACCAAUUCGUCCAGAAUGUGAAAGUGACUCAGAGUGCAGCAAUGAUAAAGCGUGCAUCAAUGAAAAAUGCAAAAAUCCGUGCGCUCAGGGAAGAGUUUGCGCUGAUAAUGCCAUUUGUCAUGUGCAAGCACAUCGACCAUUGUGCGUUUGUCACGAAGGAUUCACUGGAAAUGCACAAAUCGCUUGUUAUGAAAUCGGUUGCCGUGCUGACAAUGAUUGUCCAACAACACACGCUUGCGUAAAUCGUAAUUGUAUUGAAGUUUGUGAUCAAAUUCAAUGCGGUCGAAAUGCAAUUUGUCGCUCCGAUUAUAGUCAUCAUGCACGAUGCUAUUGCUUAGACGGAUACCGUGGCAAUCCAUUGAUUGCUUGCGAACGUCCAGAAUGUACAACUAAUCAUGAAUGCCCAUUCCAUUUGGCAUGCGUGAAUGAACGUUGUCAAGAUCCAUGCAAUUGUGCACCAGGCGCUCAAUGUCGUGUCGAUAACCAUGUUGCCACUUGUAAGUGUCUGCCUGGUUAUGUUGGUGAUGCUUAUACAAAUUGUAGCCCGGUUCAAGUCCAACAUACCCCACAAUGUACUGUCGACGCUGAUUGUCCAUCGAAAUUCGCUUGUUUCGAUAAUGUUUGUAAGAACCCAUGCAUUGAAACAAGACCAUGUGGUGCUCAUGCCGUUUGCUCGGUUGUUGAUUCACUGCCAUUAAGAACAAUGGUUUGCACAUGUGAACCAGGUUUCGUUGGUAACGCUGAUAUUGGAUGCAAACAAGAACUGCUCCAAGAUGCUGGAUGUGUAUCGAAUAAUGAAUGUGGUCCAUCGGAGAACUGCCAGAAUCGAGUUUGUGUGAAUCCAUGUAAAAAUGGCAACCCAUGUGAUAAGACAGCGGAAUGUCGUGUUGAAAAUCAUCGUGCCGUUUGUACGUGCCCCGCCGGGCUCAUUGGUGAUCCAUUUGUUGGUUGUUUCCAAGACCGCGAAGUGCAAAGACCACAAUGUACCAGUGACAGUGAGUGUCAAUCAUCAAAGGCAUGCAUUAAUCAAGCUUGCAGAGAUCCAUGUAUUGAACGCAACCCUUGUAGUCAGAAUGCCGAAUGUCGAACGAUUCAACAUCAUCCAACCUGUCAUUGUCCACCAGGAUGGGCAGGCGAUCCACAAGUUCAAUGCUACAAACCGGAGUGUAAGGUCAAUUCUGAUUGUCCAUACGAUAAGGCAUGCUACAAUGAGAAAUGUUUCAAUCCAUGCACAUAUGGCGGUACACAGUGUGGCCGCGGUGCUGAAUGUUUGGCACAAAAUCAUCAAGCCAACUGCAUUUGCCCAGCCGGCACACAAGGAAAUCCAUUGAUAUCAUGUGUACGAGGUAUUUGCCAAUACAACGAAGACUGUUUAGAUGAUGAAGCUUGCGAUCGAUUGAAUCGUGUGUGUCGCAAAGUUUGUGAUAUUGAUUCAUGUGCGGAGAAUGCUCGGUGCGAAGGACGAAACCAUCAACCAGUUUGUACAUGCUUGGCCGGAUUGCUUGGAAAUCCAUAUGUUGAAUGUUCACGUAAAUUCGAUGAGCCACAAUGUACAAGCGAUUCAAAUUGUCCACCAGCAUUGACUUGUGUGAAUAAACGAUGUGAAAAUCCGUGUGCCCGUUCAGAUGUAUGCGAUACAGAACAAACGUGUACAGUUUUGGAUAUAAUGCCCAUUCGAGCAAUUAUGUGCCGAUGCCCACCGGAUACAAUCACCAAUGCUCGCGGUCAAUGCGUACCUAUUCGAUAUGAACAGGUUGGAUGUCGAUCCGAUGACGAAUGCUCUGAUUCGGAUAAAUGCGUCCAAGGCACUUGUGUUAUCGCUUGUAGCGUUGAUCGAUGCGGUAUUAAUGCACAAUGUGAAUCGAAAUUGCAUCGUGGACUAUGCUUAUGCCCAUCAAGCUAUACCGGAAAUCCACACAUUGAAUGCUCACCGAUACAAAAAUAUCCAAACGCAAUUGUGCCAGCCGAUUGUUAUUCAGACGAAGAUUGUCCGUUCGAUCGUACAUGCAGAAAUGAACGUUGUGUGAAUCCAUGCUACAAUCCAAGUCCAUGCGGUCGUGGCGCUUUCUGUUUUGCAGAAAAUCAUCAACCAAUUUGCAAGUGCCCGAGCGGAUUCACCGGAAGUCCUUUGAUUAAAUGUGUACCAUCAUCUGAAAUAACUGUUGGUUGUAAAUCAAAUUCGGAAUGUACUCUAUCCGAAUCGUGUGUGAAUGAAUUAUGUACCAGUCCAUGUAAUUGCGGCAUUGAUGCGGAAUGUCAUGUCGAAAAACAUCAUCCAGUUUGUGUAUGUCGUCCAGGGUACUCAGGAAAUCCACAAUAUGGCUGUUUCAAAUUGGAAUGUCAGUCAAAUGAUGAAUGCUCAGAUGAUAAAACUUGUCACAACAAUGAAUGUAUCAACCCUUGCGUGCUAUCCGAUCCUUGUGCUGUGAAUGCCGAAUGCUUCGGUCUGAAACAUCAAACAGCAUGCCGAUGCUUGUCUGGUUUCAAGGGCAGUCCAUUCGAACGAUGCGAACGAAUCGAAUGUACUUCUGACUUUGAAUGUCCUGGAGAUCGUGCCUGCUUAAAUAAUCACUGUAUAAAUCCAUGCGAACAAGAUUCACCAUGUGCUCCAAAUGCUAUUUGCUUCGUACGAAAUCAUGCAGCCAAUUGUAAAUGUCCAGAAGAUCUACCAAAUGGAAAUCCACUUUCGUACUGUGAACGAGUUCAACUUGAUUUUGGUCCCGAAUGUCGAUAUGAUGACGAUUGUCCAAGUAAAUUGGCUUGUAUUCGAGAGAAAUGCGUGGAACCAUGUAGAGAAUUGACACCAUGUGCACAAUCGGCUCGUUGCAGUGUAUUGGAUAGCUCGCCGGUUCGAACGAUGGUUUGUGAAUGCCCCGAACUAUUUGUACCGGAUGAGAAUGGCGAAUGUCGUCGCAUUAUCAUCGAAACACCACCAGGAUGUAAACAAAACUCUGAUUGUCCAUAUGACGAAUCAUGUAUCAAUCGACAAUGUCGUAGCCCAUGCGAUUGUGGUCCACAUGCAACUUGCUUGGUCAAAGACCAUCGUGCAACAUGUAGUUGUUUGCCAGGGUUCGAAGGAAAUCCAAAUAUUAUGUGCCGAGCAGUUGGAUGCCGAAGUAAUUCAGAAUGUGAUUCGGGACGUGCUUGUAUCAAUGGAAACUGUAUCAAUCCGUGUGUCAUUGACAAUCCUUGUGGAUUGAAUGCCGAGUGCUAUGUUGCCGGAAAUCGUGCCGAAUGUAGAUGUUUGAGCGGCUACCGCGGCAAUCCAUUUGAUGUGUGCCGCGUAAUUGGUUGUCGCAGUAACAGCGAUUGUCCUAGUGACAAAGCUUGCGAGAAUGCCGUUUGUGUUAAUCCUUGUGUCUACGAUCAUGUCUGUGCACCGCAAGCCGAAUGUACGCCACAAAAUCAUAUGCCAGUAUGCAAAUGUCGUGAAGGAUUCAUUGGACAUCCGUACAUUGAUUGUAAACGAGAACCGCAAGUUGAAUGUACCGUUGAUGGCGAUUGUUCAUCGCGUUUGGCCUGUAUCAAUCAUGAAUGUGUUAAUCCUUGUACAACGCUCGAACCAUGCGUCCAACCAUCGAAAUGUGAGGUCGUUCCAUCGUUACCAGUUAGAACAAUGAUUUGCAUAUGCCCAGAAGGAUAUGUAAGCAGUGGCAAUGGAACAUGUAAACCACUUGAUGCAAUUGUUCGGGUUGGUGGCUGUGUUUCGGAUUCAGAUUGUCCAUCAGAUAGAGCUUGUAUCAAUGAUAUUUGCCGGAAUCCAUGCGCUUGUGCACCGAACGCAAUAUGUCGUGUUAAAGAUCAUAAGCCGAUUUGUUCGUGCGAACAAGGGUAUGAUGGACAGCCAGAAAUUCAAUGUACUCACAUUGGAUGCAGAUCGGAUGAUGAGUGCUCAACAACACAUGCAUGUAUCAAUCGACAAUGUGUUCCAGCUUGUGCUGCCGAUGGAAGCUCAUGCAGAGACGGUGCCGAAUGUUAUGGUAUCAAUCAUAAUGCGGUUUGUGAAUGUAGACCUGGUUUUAGCGGUAAUCCAAAGAUUGGAUGCAAUAUUAUUGCUUGUACAAGUGACAAUGAAUGUCCAACGGAGAAAGCAUGCAUUAACAAUAAAUGCGAAAGUCCAUGUGAACGAACAGAAAUAUGCGAACGAAAUGAAAUUUGCCGAGUUUACAAUCAUAAGCCACAAUGCAGUUGCCCACCGGGUACAAUUUCCGAAGCCGAUGGUACAUGCAGAGCUUAUGAACCAUUGUGCAGAGAUGAUAACGAAUGUCCACCACAAUAUGCAUGUAUUAAUCAACAAUGCAUUAACCCAUGCAAUGCAACACAACCUUGUGGAGUUAAUGCCGAAUGUAAAGUACUUGAUACCACACCAGUUCGAACGAUGGUGUGCGUCUGUAUGGAGGGUUAUCAAGGAAAUGCAGCUGUUCAAUGUGAUCGAACAUUGCCAUGUCGUGUGGACAAAGGAUUUGUACCAGAUAUCAAUGGAAAUUGUGUAUGCCCGCCUGGUUCAGGUGUUAAUUUCAAUGGCGAUUGUCUACCAUGUCGCGAAGAAGAUGGAUUUAAGGUUGACGAAUCUGGACGCUGUGUAUGUGCACUUGAACGCGGUUUCAUUAUUGAUGAACGUGGAAAAUGUGUGUGCCCAACUGGUCAUGGAUACAUUAUUACACCACUCGGUGAAUGUGUUCAAGAGCGACGAACACCAGGCUGUAUCGAUCAUGACGAGUGCGCUGAUCAUCAAUACUGUGACUUUGAAAGAAAAGUUUGCGUUGAUGCAUGCUUGGAGAAAGUAUGCGGUGUAAAUGCAUUAUGUAAUGCAACGCAUCAUGUUGCGAUUUGUCAAUGUAUUCAUGGUACUGUUGGAAAUCCAGAGAUUCAAUGCAACUUCACAGAUCGAGAAACAAAAGUAACAUUUUCGGUAGAUAUGAAUGUAAAUUGUUUGGCUGAUGGUGUUAAAACUGAGCUAGUAUUGCCGCAACAAGAUUUCAAUGGUGUAAUUUAUGUAAAAGGUCACAGUAAAGACGAAGAAUGUCGACGCAUCGUUAAUUUACCAUCGGGUUCAACGCCUCGUACCGAAAUAUUCAAAGUACACUUUGGUAGCUGUGGUUUAAUUCAUGUAAAUGGUGUUGCAAGCUUUGUAUUGGUCAUACAACAACAUCCGAAACUGGUAACCUACAAAGCACAAGCGUAUCAUGUAAAAUGUGUCUAUCAAACGGGUGAACAGAAUGUAACACUUGGAUUCAAUGUUCAAAUGUUAACGACAGCUGGUACAAUUGCAAAUACAGGACCGCCACCAGUAUGCCAGAUGAGAAUUGUCACACAAAAUGGUCAAGAGAUCAAUUCAGCCGAAAUCGGUGACAAUUUGAUGCUGCAAGUUGAUGUACAACCACAAACUAUUUACGGUGGUUUCGCCCGAAGCUGUAUCGCCAAAACAAUGGAAGAUAAUAUUGAAAAUGAGUAUGUGGUCACUGAUGAAAAUGGUUGCGCUACAGAUCCAAGCAUAUUUGGUGAAUGGGAGUACAGUGCGGAGACGAACAGUUUGUUGGCCAGUUUCAAUGCAUUCAAAUUCCCGUCGAGCAAUAAUAUUCGAUUCCAAUGUAAUAUUCGUGUAUGCUUUGGUCGAUGUCAACCGGUCAAUUGUCGUGGAUAUAAUGCAUUUGGAAAACGUCGACGACGUCGUGAAAUCGAUGACGCAAACAGUUCAAGUACCGGUGUGUCGUUACCAAAAGAUGAUGGCAUCGAAGGACAAUUGCGUGAAGAAAUUACCAUAUCCUCCAACGCUAUUCUCACAUUCGAAAAGAAAGACGAACGAUUCUCUGCGGAUGGCAGUGAAAUUCAUCCGGCUGCACAACGAGUGGAAGAUAUUUGCGUAUCAAUGAUUGGUUUGAUCAUAGCCUUAGUAAUAACAGCAUUAUUGGCUUUGGUAGCUGUUGCAGUGGCUGUAUCAUGUUGGUUGAUGGCGUACAGAAGACGACCAAAAGCAACCGGACCGCUACCACAUCCACCAGAAUUCCCAAAUCCACUGUUUACCAAUCCAGAUGCAAUAUCUGAACCAACACCCGACUAUCUCUCAUAGAAUAAACAGAAGUAGAUAACAAAUUCUCCCAUCAAAAUAAUGACAAUAAUAAAAAUAGAAACAAACUGUUAGUGGAUCAAAUAUGAAUGAGAGAAAAUCAAAAAAAAAAAAAAAAAUAAUGAAGACAAAAACAUGUAUAAAUUAUUUAAAUAGAUUGUUUAUAGUAGCUAUAACAUUCGAAGAAGAUACGCGUAAAAAUGAAUGAAAAAUUGCUUAAAGCAUUUAAACGAAUCCAGUGCGACGAAAAUAGAUCCAUAAAGUCGAACGAAGACAACAAUAAUAAUAAACUGAAAGAAUAAAAGAAAAAAAUGAAAUAACAACGAACGAUGAUGAUAUAAAAAUAAAACUGCCAAAGCAACAAAACGCAAUUUUUAUUAAGUGAAAAUAAAAUAACAAUUUUUUUACGGAAAAUAUAUAUUAAAAUGAAUCAGCGCUUAAUUUUAAUAUAUAAUUACUUAAAUUUAUUAGAAAAAAAAAAACAAACUAAUUUAACAAUAUUCAUAGAGAAAAGAAUACAAGA